GUCAUCAUAAACUACCCAAGUGGUAGCAAACGCCGUCUUCCUAAAGAUGAUGUGGACAGGAAAGCAAUGAAGCAACUUGUUUUGGGGGAGUAUGGCUACGCUGUUAAUGCUCUCUAUUCAAAGAAAGUUGUUAGAGAUGCAUUACUGGAAAAAGUUUGUGGCUCUGUUAUUGAAGAAUGCAAAGAUUUAUGUUCUGUGAGGAAGCCUUCCAUAUUGCGCGAUACCACACCUGAAGGAUUGAAGCAGUUCACGGAGAGUGCACAUGUCACUGAACUUUCUGAGCGAGCUCCUGUACUUUACACCAUACUGUCUUCUGCUGCUGGAAAGCCUGUUAUUAGUAAAGCAAGAAAUCAGAAUGGAGAAAAUGAAACCAAUGAUGAGAGUAACACAGCUACACCAGCAAUAAGUAUGGCAGCCUCCAUCCUUCUGAAGAAGAGAUGCCCACAAAUGAGUGCUCAGGCAUACAGAUUUUCCACAGUAUUAUGGCACAGUGGAGCCAAAAAGCAAGUGAGUUCAAAAUUAAUGAUCUAGAUGUGAAUUGGUGACAUAUACGAAGUCUGACUCCUACAGUCUAUACCAGUACAUAUAUUUAUUUUUCCCCGUUUAGAACUUGAAUCAGAUUUUUACUUAAAUAAUUUGUUAAGAGAACUUUCAUUGUCUUGAUCAAAUAAAGCUGAUAAACAUACAUGUACAUGUAAAAAAAUGAGUGCACUAUUAGUUGAAGUCAAUCUCUUGGUAAGACAUUCCACCACAGAUUGUUUUCUAAUGGAUUUUCUUGAUGGAAAAUGUUCACUUAAAAUUUAAAACUGAUAUUUUUUCUUUUAGGUAUACAACCGUGGUGUCAAGUGGGGUGUGACAGUUAGCCAUACAUCGGUAAUCGAGAAAAUAGAACAAAUGGGAAAAAGGUUUGAUGAGAAAGUCCUAAACUGGAAGGUUCAGCAAGAGUACCACAAAAGGUUUACUGCCACACUGGCAACGAUAAAGGAGUGUGUUGAAGAAGCAGUUCCCACAGUUGAGCCCACAAAUGACAGGAACCUUAAAAAGGCAGUUGAAGACAAGCUUGGGCAACAAAAACAUUUUAUAUUUGAUGAAAACAUUUAUUCGGAAGUCGAAACCCUGAUCAAGAAAACUACACAGACAGAGCUUGUUAGCAACACAAGUAUGGAGACACUGUCAAUGCUAAUGCAGCAGUCUGACUCAGAGAGACCACUGGGUUAUCAAAUCAUUGGAGAUAAUGUCGAUCUUAUGAUUAAAGUCAGACAUCAGGCUAGUGACAAACCUAACAAAAGCAUUCACUGGUUUCACCUGAAUGCCGUGAAGGACAGAGUGAGUGGUGCUGGAUUGUCUGAAAAGGGAUCAAUCAAAUUAGUUGAUCAAGUGGAGAACUGGGAAAUCUUGCCAUCAUAUCAAGAUAAUGAAGGGCUACUUCAUGACUUCAUUCCCCUGUUUGCACGGGUAAUUUGUGACAGGAUUCCUGCACUGAAGUCUUUCAAAGAUGUUGUAAUCAGGCAUAUUCCUCACAAAUACUCUAAUGUAACGAAACAGAAAUCUGAACAGGUAAUUUGCCAUUUUUAACCAGUUAUGCAAACUUUUGCGGUCGAAAUUCCCUUAAGACAGAUGCUUCAUUGAAUUUUUGUUCCUUAUUAUUAUUAUUAUUAUUUUAUUGGGAAGCAGUGACACUGCGUAAAGACCUCUAUUAUAUUUCACUACUGUUAGCGAUGGUGUCUCCUUGCCACUGGCUUUUGUACUUUACAAAAUUAAUUUAAGUUUAGUUAACCUUUUUGUUUGAUACCAAUGUCUCAAUAUUUGUACUCCGUGGAAGUUAGUGUUCAGUAUUUGCAAUUUGCACUGUAUCUCAUCAUUUUUUCAGUCAAACAUCCCAUUAUUCCUUUAUUUAAAACUUAGUUUCACAGUGAUUAUAGAAUGACAUCAAUGACUUCCAAAGUAGGCAAUUAUAUCAAUCCAACUAUGCCAUACUUCAUCUCAACUUUUUUUUCAAGCUUAAGUUUUGUGAGCUAAAGACAGCCUUAAAAAAAUAUAUCUAUUUAACUGCCUACAUUUAUUAUCUGUCCUACCUUCUUUUAAGGCACCACUAGGAUUGCUCUUUAAGAAUGAAAACACAAAUGAUGACAUGAUAGACAUAUUAACAGAGCUACAUCAAAGGUAUCUUCCAGUCAUGAAAACAACUGAUGGCUCCGGUAACGUGGAAAUUGAAGUGCUCCAGAAGGUUUUCUUUGGUGGUGACCAGUUGACUGAAGAACGUGCGCGGAAUGCUAGACAAGGUCGAGCUGAUGGUGACACAGAGUUUGAGAGAUUGGAGGGGCUUAUCCCAAAGGUAGAAGAUUGGCAUGCAGGAAGAGUUCUUUACCAGGUGGGUUUGUUGUUGACUUAAAUAUUAUAGGGAGAUAAGAAAUAAAACAGAAUCAUCUAGAAGAAUAAAUUAACCUUAGAUGAUGCAAACAAUCCAUGAAAACAAAUUGGGGCUUCUUUCUUAGUGGAUCAUGAGAAUGGCGUUGUUAACCUUUCCACAUAGAGUCAGUUGAGCAUAAUUUAAUUUGCAUAUGGGCAUUUCAUUUUUUUUAAUACGCUCCCUUGUUCUUGUCAUUCUUGUCCACUUUGCACUAACAAAUACUUAAUAUGAUAAUGAAACUUGUACAGAAAUGAAAUCAUAUUUGUUUAUUAUUGGAAAAAGUAUUGACGUCAAGAAAUAAUACUAUUCUUUUCCUACCCCCUAGGUACUGUAUGAUGUAUUUUUCAACCCCUCUUCUGCAAAUGAUGUUGGUACCAUGUGCAGCAACAUGAAUGUAAUCAACCAAGUGAAUGCUAAAACAUCAAAUGUCCUUGACAAUUUCAACCAUUGUAAGACCUAUGUGAAGCUUGAAACAGAUGCAUUCAUCACAACUGCUACCAUGAAGCACUUUGGGAUGACUAACCUUGAGGAACCUGCUGGAAAUUUCAUACCUCCCUCAAUUUUGGAUGGUAGCCAAAGCACACGAAGAAUCUGGCUUCACAAGCAGGUUAAAGAUAUACUGAAGAAAGCUGUUAUUGAUGAGCAAGAACAGUUUCAUGCAACUCUUCAAAAUGAACUCAUUGAAUUGAACAGACCAAAAAGGUUUUACUGCAGGGUCUGUAACAAAGAGUACAGAUAUGCCAAAGCAAGGGAUUCACAUGAAAAUAACAUUCACUCUUUUAGCAUCGAAUUGGCAUCUCCAGAGGAGUCAAGUGACUCUAUGCAACCUCUCGCUGAACACAAACCUGUUGAUGCGCGAUACAAUUAUGCCUGUGCUCGUCUCAAUUUUGGUAUGCUGCUUUACAAUUUUGACGAUGCAAUCAAGGAGGGGGAUGGUGAUCGCAUCUUAAGAUGCUGGAAGUUCAUGCUCUUGAUAUUCAGAACAUACAAACAUACAAAGUAUGCUUUUGCUGCUUUGCAAUUGUUUUUCUACACUUCAUGCAUGUUAUCAGAGAGAAUGUCACAUUUGUUAGUUUGGAACCGAACUGUGAACAACCAUGGUGGUAAAGGCCGAAAUAUCUCUUUGGACUUGAGGUUAGAACACUUAAAUAAUCUCUUGAAAGAGAUGCUAAGGUGUCUUGGUGUCAAUGUGACAGAAAAAUCAGCUAAACGAUGUGGUGAAGCGAUGUCAAUAUUAGAAGAAAUGCUGCACAAGAUUGAUGUAGAGUUAGGUGUCAAGGAACCUUCUGGGCACCACAUCACAGCAAAUGAUGACCAAGAUUUUGCAGCCCUUGUGAAAGAAAUCCAUGAAAGAGGGGGGCUUUUCUCUUUCAACCCAUCUUCUGAUCGUAACUACGAAAAAUUUCCUGAUUUUCAAAGGAACAUCUUAAGUGGGCUUGACUUCAAUCAGCUUAAUAAGUGGUUGAACAGUCACAAGAAAGACAUGUCCCGUCUUCAACAGUGA